CUCCUCUUGCGCUGGGCUGAAUGGGCAGCUGCCCGCCAGAGAAAGAGGAAAAUAAAGAAGGGACUAGAGAGGCAGAGAAGGCCAGGCGCUUGUCAACAACCACAGAGGCUGGGAGAGCGUUGCUUGCAGGGGCCAUGCUGAACUUUGGAGCCCCUCCUUUCCAGUUCACGGAUGAAGGAAUGGAGAUGAUUACCAAAAAGCAGUGUAAUAGGAAGUGUUCUCGGGAUAAUACUCCUGAAAACAGUGAUUUUGAAGCAGUAGAAGCUCUGAUGUCCAUGAGCUGUAGCUGGAAGUCAGACUUCAAGAAGUAUGUUGAACUGAGACCAAUAACACCAGCUUCGGAUACAUCUGAAGAACUUGAGGACAACCUGCUACCUCCUGCUGACUUUCCUACAAUAUCAACCUUUUGUUUGACUCCACCCUACAGUCCUUCUGACCUUGAAAUGUCUCAGGCAGUCCAUCCAGCAACACCAGCACCAUCUACUGUGCAGAACAAGUCACCUACUGAGACUUCUGCACAAGCCUUUACAGCAACAGCUUUUAAAGAGACCGAAAAAGUUCCAGCACCAAGAAUGGUGAAAGCUCAAGCAACAAGUGUCAUUCGCCACACUGCUGAUGCUCAUCUUUGUAAUCAUAGAACUUGUCCAGCAAGAAGCUCCAGUUUUUUGAAUUCUCAGGAUGAUAACAAGAGCAAAGACAAUCAACAAGGCAAUACCAAACCAGAACUACAUUCAGCUGGUGAAAAUGUAUCAUUGAGUGCUGCAGUUUCUGAACACAAGGUGCCAGGGAUGGAAGAGAAAAGAUGUUCAGUGUUGGCAAAUGCUUCAGUGCCUUUCACACAGACUGCACCUGUUACCUCCGUACCUGUCCUUGGGUCAGCACAGCAAUCUUCAGUGGUAGUUUCCCCACCUCCUAUGCAUUCAGGGACAGUCCCUUCUGUGCCACUGGUGUGCCAGAUGGUUCCGCUCUCUGCUAACAACUCUGUUAUGACAACAGUAGUGCCCAACACUCCUUGCAGUCAAUUGACAUCAAACCUGUGUCAGCCUAUGGUGUUCAUGGGAACCCAGGUUCCCAAAGGAGCUGUUAUGUUUGUUGUACCACAGACUGUUCUUCAGAAUCCAAAGGCACCUGUAAUCAGUCCUAAUGGCACCAGACUCUCACCUAUUGCUCCUGCUCCAGGUUUAAUCCCUGCUGCAACAAAGGUCACUCCAUCUGUUGACUCUUUAAGAGUAAGGAGUCAUGUUUGUAACUAUCCAGGGUGUGGAAAGACGUACUUCAAGAGUUCCCACUUGAAAGCUCAUGUUAGAACACACACAGGAGAGAAGCCAUUCAGUUGUAAUUGGAAAGGCUGUGAGAGGAGGUUUGCACGUUCUGAUGAACUGUCUCGCCACCGUAGAACACACACCGGGGAGAAAAAAUUUGCUUGCCCAAUGUGUAAUCGAAGAUUCAUGAGAAGCGACCACUUAACCAAACACGCACGGCGCCACUUGUCAGUCAAGAAGUUGCCAAACUGGCAGAUGGAAGUGAGCAAGCUAAAUGAUAUUGUUGUACCACCUAGUUCUGCACCUGCACAGUGAGGUAAAACCAUCUGAAGACACUGUUAACUAAGUAUUGUCACUGUGAUUGGAGAAGCAACAGUGAUGGCAAACGGCUUGCAAGUCUGGUUCUCGUGUCAGCCUGUGAUAGAGGCUCAAACAGAGGAACUGGUUGUGUGUCUUCUGAGUACCAGUGACCUAAGAGACAGGAGGUUUUUCUUGUACUUGGAGGAAGGAGAAAUGAAAGUGUCAAUGCUAGCACAAGAAACUUGUAGAAACUUCAUACACACUAUAGAUCAGCUAGGUAUAAACUGGAGACGGAUGCAGGUGUUUAACAAUCUUUUUAAAGAGAUUGUGAACAAAGAUCAGGAAGGAAUGUCAGUUUCUGGUACAGAAUCGGGGAUAAUGUUCAGUUUAUACAAAAGUGCUAUAAAUUCCUUGGAAGCAGAGAGAUUUGGUUUUAUUCUCUUUGAGAUCUAAUUGUGAUUGAUAGUGGAAAUUAAGUUACCUAGAAGCUUGAGAUUAGACCUGUUUAUCUCCACACCUUAAUAUAUCAAGUAUAGUUAACUACAGCAUUCUGACCAGUUAUCAAACAUAUAUUUAAGAUAUAUGGUUGGAUUAUGGUAACAUGGAAGUCCGAUAGUAUUUUCACUAUUUGUUUUGAAAACAUCAAAUUAGUAUCAUUAGCAGUACAGUACUUCACCAUCUUUUGAUGUACACUGCUCCCUCGGGUUACGAAAUUAAUUCGUUCCGCGGCCGCUUUCGUAACCCGAAAAGCCUUCGUAAGCCGAAAUGCCAUAGGCGCUAAUGGGGAAAAGCCGCGUUUCGUGCGAAAA